AUGGGUGGACUAACCGUCGAUGUACAUAACAGAUGUACCCGAGUAAAAUGUAAAUGUGCGGGGAAUAAACAAACCUUAACCGUAAAAUCAGGGUCUCUAAGGGGAGUUAAAGGAUUUGGUUACUGUACCCAUGAAGUCGUUGGGAAGAAUCAAAUAUCUAUUGUAACAUGGCGAACAGUUGAGCUUGAAAGAAAAGGAUUCCUUCGUCCCUUUGAGGAUUCCACUUCUAUCACUGUUUACUAUCACUCUAGAUUCGAUGGUAAAAAGAAUUUAAUAAAGAAGCCUCUUCUUAUAAGGGCCAAAAAACUUUAUGACAGAAUAGACUGGCUUGAAAGUCUUGGGAGUUAUGAUAAUAAAAGAUGGAGGAAACUUCGCCAAGAUGAGUUUGAGGGACUUCCUAAAGAUGAUAAUUAUACAAAGAAUAUCGAGUUAGAAAAUAAGUUAAAGGCACUUGCAUGUAGAUUGUUUCUGUCUCAUGCAAUAAGAAUAGACCUGUAUCAGAAGAAUACUUACUUGUGUCCAAUAUGUACUGAACAGGUUAAUAUUACGGUUACUAAUGAUCACCCUCCUUAUCUAACUGGAUACACAAGGUACAGCUAUGGAGGAUUCCCAAACAACUCUAUCCUUGUCCAUAAGGGAACUCAGCAAACCUAUAGGAAACGAUUAGUAUCAACCGGGCUGGGUUACUUUCUUCCAAUUAGAGUCGACAAGGAUGAUGAUGUUAAGGAAGUCUCUGUUUACUACUGGGAUAAAGAUAAAGGAUGUGAGAACCCACUUUUGCUAGAAAUUGUAGGUAUAAACAAUAUCUCAUACUGGUUUGAGAAUUUCGGUAAACCCGAGGACAAGUAUGAUAAAUGGAAACCAAUAGGAUAUGAAGAAUCUAAAGAUUUCGAUAAAGAUAAUGAAAAGCUCAAGAAAAGACUUGAUGUUCUUAAUUGUAUCUAUAAUGGAGUUGUUCAAAUUAAAGUCGGAGAAACUAUUUGUCAUCAGGAUAAUCACUAUCUACACAGAAACAGGAUUAGUUAUGGAUACGGGGAAGAAUAUGGUACUUAUCCAGUAAUCUAUGCUUAUAGAUAUCAGCCAAGUAGAAGCUUCAGUAAAGGUGUGUUUGAUAUCUCGGAUGUCACUGUUAAUGGCACAAGCCAAACCUUUAUAAGAAAUCCUCCAUUUUUCAGCGAUGUAACAAAAUUUAUGGUAUAUGUAUCACCAUGUGAUAAGGAUAAAUCAUUCCUCAUAUCUGUGGAAAGUGAAAACAGGGCAAAUAGAGACAAGACUUAUACAUGGUACCGUAGAGAAUAUGAUGGAAGUGAUUGGCAAGAAUAUACGGGAUUUGGACCCAUAAGAUCUUCUAGCCAUGUUAAAACUAGCCUUGGAGGUGUUUUAAAUGAACUUAGGGGUGCUUUGAGAUUACAGGAGUGCAAUGUAAUAACUGAGGCUGAGGGCAUACAAAUCGAUGUCAGUAAGACGGUGGAACUUGGUUCUUUUACUACAUACUAUUUUGACUUUAUGAAUAGAAAGAAGUACUCCAUAUUUUUAAAUAAAGCAGAAAAUGAUCCUAUGUUUGGUUUCUUUAAGAAUACCCAUAAAGCAAAUACUACGAGUGGAGCUUUUACUCUGGAUAGAAAUUUGCAAGGUGGAGGCAAUAUAGUAGCGAAAUCAAAGACUGAAAAUGUAAAGUAUGUAGAAGUAUACUUUUGGGACGGUAAACCUAAGAUACCUAUUCUGCUUGUAGUUAAACAAGGACAUGAGACAUAUCCUAAGUAUUAUGGCAAACUUGUGAGCAGAGACACUUGGGGUAAGGAUCAAGUGGAUAAGAUGGAUAAACAACAAGCACUUGAUCACCAAAACUGCCAGAUAAAUAAUGCUAUCCCUAUUGAGUUGACAAAUCCCGAAUAUCUUCAAGGAUUCCAAUCUAAAGAUAAACCUGGUUGUCUAGGUAAAAAAAUUGUAAAAAAGCUUAAUCCUCUUGAACUUCCAAAUGGAACUAGUGGAGUUUAUAUUGGAAAAGGAUACCAAGUUAUGGAUAGUUCUAAGAUUUCCAGGGUAACAUAUGGCUAUGAACCUACAAACAUAAUUCCUCCAUACGAAGAAGAGGGACCUCUGUUACACCUUUAUUACUGGAAAAAUUCUGGAAUACCUCUCCUUGUUGAAUUCAUUGAAGGUGUUGGAAAUUUUACUUGGUUUGAAAAUCUCAAUAGGGAUAGCCUGAACUGGAAAUCAAUUUCUCCAACAGAGGCAAAAAAGUUCUAUGAUUCAUCAGACAAUCCUAAACUUACCGAAAAGUUUACCGAUAAGCUGACUGAGGUAAACUGCAGAGUGAAUAAAGUGGUCCAACUAGACAUUUCACAAAAGACUGGAAGAUAUUGCCAUAAUCAUGGUGGCAGGAUUAAGGCUACCAAAGAGAAAGUAUCCACAUAUUCCGGUUUCACUGGAUACAUACAUGAACCUACAACCGAGAAUGGUACAUUCAUAAUAUCAUCUAUAGUAUAUGGAAUGGAAAAACAGAAGGUAAAUCCUAAAUUAUUUCCCCUAAGGGAUGUUUCAACAGUAACAGUAUACUUUCCAAACUGUAAUUUAACUAUCCCACUUGUGAUACAUAUUAAAUAUGGUAAAGAAGAUAUAUGGGUCAAGAGGAAAAAUGAUGAUCACAACUGGGAAGAUGCUACUAAUGAAAUUACGAAUUCUAGAACUAGUGACAAAAUAAUAGGAAUUCUGGAACAGGUAAAGAAAGAGACGGGUGCAUGUGAAAAAUACCAAACACCCUCUAUACCAAAAGAUAGUAGACUAAUUCCUACUGGAAAAAACGCUAAUGAUCAAGAACUAACAGAACCAGGAUUCCCUGCGGGCUCUCAAAAUGAUGAUGACCAAAAAGAGAGUUUGAAUGAGAUAUUUAAUGGUACUGAAAGUAUUGAAAGCUGGGAGUUUUUUGAACUAGAUGAUGAAGAGGAAAAUGAGGAAAUAAAGGAGGAACAAGAUACUCAUACCUUUGUUAGUGAGUCUCCGUCUUUCCUUACGGCCCAAGUUCGUACACAUAGUUUUAACUCUUCUGGUGCUUCUGGCGUAGCUCGACUUCAAGCAGCUUUUAAUACGCCUAAAGUCAUCAUAGAUAUAAAGAGAAACCCUGAAAAUAAUGAUACAUAUACAGUAAAUAAUAUUGGAGACGUCUAUUUAGAUAAGAAUGAAGAUCCAGACGGUUCUGGUUUUAGUAGAUUUAUGCAUAUAUCGAAUGAUGAUAUACCUUUUAUAGUUAGUGAAGUCAAAUAUGGAAGUGAAGAAAAGAGUGAGAUAAAACCGAAUGGACAAAUAGAGAAUUAUUCUGUCUGGUACUGGAAAGAGACUGUUGUAGAUAUGACAAAUCCACUCUUGACAGAGAGCCAGAAUGCCGAUGGAACCUACACUUAUUACUACAAUAAGAGUAAUAAUCAAUGGGAUCUACACAGUAGACAACCUCAAGACUCUAGCACACCAUUAGAAAAUGAGCCUCUCGAGAAGGAAUUGGAUGACCUUAACUGUAAUCUCAAUGAUGUAGUUACCAUAAAUCUAACUUUUGAGCUUUCUAGCAGUCUUUCUGAGACUCAUACCAGUGGUGGAACUGCAAACGAGUACUGUUGCACUUACCAUAGUGGUACUAGCGGGAAGGUCUCUGUUACUAGCGGUUCAGUUGAUGCUCCUGGUCCUGGUACUACAAAGUCCAUUCCAUACUACAAGCACGAAAUUUCUGGUGGAACUAAACUUGCAAAGAUUAAGUACUACAACAAUAGUGAUACAAAUGCUCCCAGGAAGAAGAUAGAGAUUCCUGGCCUUAAACAUUCUGGAAAUGGUUCGGUAAAAGUAUAUACUUUUUAUUGUGGAGGAAACCCUGUCCUUAUUUAUCUAGAUUAUGAUGAACAAAAUGGUGUCAAAGGAUGGUACAAGAAGGGUAAAUCGGACCAUACUCCUUGGAAAAAAGUUUUGGCUGGAGUCUCUGACCCUAAUAAUAUCAAGAAUUGUGGUACAGAAUUUAACAGACUCGUGGAAGAACUAAAGGGAGCUGGUAGAUGUAAUGGCUAUCAAAAUUGCUCUGAUGCAUCUACGUUUUUACAAUUCCAACCUAAAACACAGAUGAUAACGCAACAAGAUCCACCAGUAACCAUUCAACUUUCAAAAAAACCAACUGAUGCUAAUUUUACCGCUAUCUCUACUACUUACUACAAUGGAGCUUCUACUGGGAAGAAAGAGUUUACUGUCACAAGAUAUCUCUAUCCUCCACAGUCUGAGUUCUACAAGUUUGUUCACAUUCCAAAGGAUGGAGUAUCAUUCAAACUUGAGAAAGUAUUAGACGAUAUUACUAGUCCUAUUACAGAGAUUAAGGGAGGAGAUAAAGUAGGCUUAGUUACAGCUUAUUACUGGAAAUACAAUGAUAACAAUCCAUUAUUAAUAGAGGUACAAUAUGGCAGUAAUUAUUCCUAUUAUACUAAUAGUAGGAAUAAUUUAUGGUUAGUAUAUCGGAAGGAUAUUGAACAAACGCUUACUCAGGAUGAACUCACCCAUAAGCUCACCUUGCUAAAUUGUGAGAUUAACGAUGUUGUUCAAAUAGAUGUUACAAAGACUGGUGACUACUGUCAUGUUAAAGAUACUUUUCAUACUGAUAAUAAAGUCUCUGUAAAGGAGGUAGAUAAAGGACACCUUGGAAUGUAUAUUGCUUAUGAACAUACUCCAAAUGCUACAGGGAAAUUCAAUAUAUCUGCAUUUAUUAAGGGUUAUAGACACAAAAUAGAGCUUAAAGGUUUGCAACUUCCUCUUGGAAAUGUUGCUAGAUUUAUUGUCUAUUUUUGUAGUAACAGGACACACAACCCUCUUCUAAUUUAUGUACCAUGUGCUUCUCAAGGAAAACAGUGGUUCCAAAAGCCUGCUAAUGGUAAUAGAAAUACUUGGGUACCUGUUCAUGAAUUAAAAGAUAAAACAGAUUCUGAUUAUGAUUCCAUUGUUGAAUUCCUAGAUGGUCUGCAGAGUGAUUGCAAACCACCCUCUGUCACUAUAGAUAUUUAUGAGAGGGACCACCCUAAAAUUUUUACUACUUAUGAAAGUGCUCCUUUCACUAUAGAGGUAACACAGAGAUCAGGCUCUCAUAAAAAGGAUCCUCCAUUACAUUAUACUAGGUAUGAUCACAGAGUGGUUGGUAGAGAAGAUAGUUACUUUGUCCUCUCUGGACUACGAUACAAACAGCAUAGCAAUGUAACAAAAGGAAUUUUAGAUAACACAAAUAAUCCUAUGCAAAAUGUCACCUCUGUUUCAGUAUUCUAUUGGACUGCUUUGGAGACUGGGAAAAGGGGUAGACCUCUUCUCAUCAAAAUUACUCAGAAGGAGCCUACUGGAGAAACACAAACCAAAGAAACUUACUAUAAAAAUAUUACUACUUCACCUACUAAAAAUACUACAUGGCAGGAAUGGAAACUUUUUCCACCUACCAAGAAGGCUCUAGAAAACAAACUCUAUAUUCUCAACUGUAGACUCAAUAAUACAGUGAUUAUAGACUUAAGCCACAAGACUGGGAAUUAUGACGCAUGUUUUAACUCUAACAGUUCAGAUGGAAAGUUUGAUGAGAAACAUGGUGAAUCUAAAAUGCAGGUUGAUAAGGACAAAAUUUCUGACAAACUUGGAAAGUAUGAAGUUUAUGCUCACCAAAUUAAGAAUCCUAGUCAAUCUGGAAAGAAGUUUCACGUAGUAUCUUUCAAGAAUGGUGAAACGCCUCUUACUGGAAUUGGAUCUCUACCCAUUCUAGAUGUUGAAGAAGUUAAGGUCUACUUCUGCGAAAACGGAGGGAGUACUCCACUUUUAGUGUAUUAUAAGAGACUUGUUGAUGGGUUUACCGGUCUGAACGCUCAUCGAGAAUGGUAUAAAUAUGAUAACACAGGCAGUGUCAGUACCUGGAAACCUGUAGUGAACUCUUCCACGAGUCAAGUUCCAUCCACCGAAAAAGAUUACGAUUCUAUCCUCAAUGUACUCAAUAGUCUUAAAAGUGAUUGUAAUCCUGAAUCUCACAACUCUGCUCAAUCUGGCCAAACUGCUGCUGCUUCUUCCUCUGCUCCUGAUGCUCAACCUCUUGGUGCUGAAACUGUUGCUACUGGUUCUGUACUAUGGACAGCGUUUGGAUCUACAUCUGGUACUCUUGCCGGAGCUGGUGGUCUUACUGGACUUGGCUGGUGGGCGUUUAAACGUUCUAAAGGAGACCCUUGGGUUAGACAGAUUUGA